GGAACAAGCUAUCUAAUCCUCAUCUCCCGGUCCCGCUCCCCCUCCCCUCACUUCCCUCCUCCACCUCUUUCUCUCCGAACCCUAAAAGAUCCAAUUUUGAUUCCGAAAAUCCCAAAAAGAUCCAGUUUUGAUCCCAAAAUCGAAAGAUUUGGCUGAAAACAGAGAGAUCCAUGUCCUCCAUUACCUAUCUCUCCUCGGAUCUCCGCUCCCCUUAAAGCACUAAUCCCACAGUUUCGAUUUUUAUCUGUUUUUCGAAGCGUUUGGGGUGGAGGAAUUGCGAGCGAGAUCGAGAGAUUUGCCGCAAAAAUGCUCUCCCAUUCGCCGUUUAUUCUGUCGUUUCUUCUUCUGUUAUCGCUUCCCCUCCUCUUCGUUCUCGUCCCCCGGAUUCUGCCCCCAAAGACGCUUCCGAGCAUCCCGGAUCCCGACGAGAUCGACGAUCUCGCCCUCUUCCGCCGCGCCACCCUCGCCUCCGCCGGCGGCGGCGCCAGCUCCGCCGCUGGCCUCCGCCGCCGUCCGGCCCUCCCGCUGACGCCGUCGUUCCGCGAGCGGUUCAUCCCGGCCAAGGCCACCCAGCGCGCCUCCCCGACCCUCAUCUCCGCCGCCCGCCGCCUCCUCGCUGCGGCGCUCCUCGACGACCCCGCCAACGCCUUCUUCGCCCUCAUCUCCCAGCACUGCAUCCCCCUCCACUCCUUCCGUUUCGUCUACCACGCGCUCCUCGCCGACCCCGGCACCUCCUCCCUGUCCUCCGCCGGCCGCCUCCGCCGCCGCCACCGCAGCUUCAUCGAAAUCCUCGCCAACACCUCCCUUCUGUGGGACCGCUACAACGCCCGCGGCGAGGACGUGAUGCUGCCGGAGGUCCCCUUCGACCGCUUCCGCGUGGGCUCCCAAUUCUUCAUCCUCGCGCGGCGCCACGCCGUGCUCGUCGUCCGCGACCGCCGCCUCUGGAAGAAGUUCCGCAUGCCGUGCCUCCAAUCCAUGAAGGAUUCCUGCUACCCGGAGGAGCAUUACUUCCCUACACUUCUCGAUAUGCAAGACCCCGAUGGCUGCACUCGCUACACCCUCACUCGUGUCAAUUGGACCGACAGCGUCGGCGGCCACCCGCACACUUAUCACCCACCGGAGGUCUCCGGCGAUCUCAUCCGGGAGCUGAGGAAGUCCAAUUCCACCUAUUCCUACCUCUUCGCCCGCAAGUUCUCGCCCGACUGCCUCGAUCCCCUGCUCGAUAUCGCCGACGCCGUCAUCUUCCGAGAUUAGUAUCCAAGUAGUUCAAAUUGUGCCAGGUGAUCGAUGCUGACACCAAUGGAAUGAGGGUUUGAUGAGAAAUUGAGAACUACUGGCCAAAGCUGCUCCAUCUCUUCCUUUUUCAUCUGGGAACAGCAUUUAUCCCUUCCUGAGUCACAACUAUUUAUUCCAUCUUCUUCUUCUACUCAUCCAGACCUGGCAAGAUGGUGCCAAUUAGAGAGUUUGGAAGAAUUAAGUGAGGUUGUCAAGUGUGAUUAGUAACGGAGGACAGCAACCAUGCUUAGACAUUAACAUCCCCAUCCUAUGUAAUACAUAAACUCAGUCCAUCCAAUAUCAAUACAUAUAUAGGGAUUUUUAUGGUUAUGAGAG